AUGACACUCAAUAUCCCCAACAAGCCCUCCGAGAUCAUCACCCCCUUUCCCGUCUCGCCCAACGGCCCAUCCAAGAACGCCCUUAAGGUCCUGGGCCAGAUCGUCCGCAAGACCACCGAGGCCAACGAGGUGUACAGCGUCACUUUCUCAGAAGUACUCUGUCCCGAGGGCAAGAAUCAUCUCUUCAGCUUGAAGCCUUACUUUUGGGAGGUUGCUCCUGGCAAGUGGGAGCGAAGGGAUGGGAAGCGCAACCCAUACUGUGAUAAGCCUCAAGGUCAGAAGCAACUGGACACCGCUGCGGCCCAGAUUCACAGCCUUGCCCUCGGUAUUAUUCAUCUGCCCGAGUACCGCGAUGCUGCCAUCAAAAGAAUUCAGAAGCUCUUGACCGUGUUCUUCAUCGACUCUGAGACCAAGAUGAACCCGGAAGUCCGCUAUGCCCAGUGUAACCCAGCCACAUCCCCUCUCAAGGGCGAGAACUCCUUCGUCAUUGCCCUUCGAAACAUCAUUCUCAUCUCUCAAGCCCUUACUCUGGUCCAGCAGUACCUUGACAAGGGUCUUGUCAGCAAGCUGAAAGAGUGGGUGGCUCAUCAAGUCAAAUGGAUGCAAGAGUCAGAGCAAGGGAAGGAUGUGCAGAGGUACGAGGAUAACAAGAUCAUUUGGUACCACGCCAUCAUUGCCUCCCACCUCGCCUUCAUCAACCCCCAAGAGUCUCAAAAAUACGCCCUCAAUUUCUUCCAGACUUACGGCGCCUCCCACACUCCCCAAGCGUACUUUGAGGAAGACCUCAAACGUACCCGUCCCCGACACUAUACCCUGUUUGCCCUCGAACCCCUUGUAGUCCUGGCCAAACUUACCGCCUCGCUCGAUGCUCAGCCCGAGUCCAAAGCAGCGGCCUACGCUCGAAACCUCCUUGAAUUCGCCAAGACCGUCCAACCCGGCCAGCUGGAGAAGCCUCUCGAAGAAGGGGGUCGCUAUGAGGGACAGUGGCAGUGGUAUGAGCAUAUCAUUUCUGGGUGGACAGGCCAGGGAAAGAGGGGCGGAGAUGAACCAGAUGGAGGGGCUUGGGAGGGUGGAUGGACACAGAGGAUGAGGAUGCUCUGGGGGUUCUUUUAA